AUGAAGAGUCGGCUGGGCCCCUACUCUCCAGGCGCUGCACCUCAACAACCAUACUCUCCUGGUGCGGCUCCGCAGCAACCAGGAGCUUCCUACAGUAACCCGGCACCGAACCAGUGGUCUACAUACGGUUCUCCUCAGCAACAGCCCGGACCCGCGGAGGCAUACAAUGCACAGCCAGUUCCCAUGGGGGCAGGAGACCCGAACAUGGCAGGGUUGGCUUCUCAGAUGAGUGGCCUGGGCAUUGCGCCAGAUGCUGGAGCUAAGACACAUCGGAAGAAGCACCGCCAUGCUUAUCACGAUAUUGGAACCGGGAGUGCUGCUCCUGCUAGUGGGAUGCCCAUGGCAGGCGCGCCGCAGCAGGAUUCUCGAUUCCUUAGCACUGGAUUCAAUCAGGAUACGCGACCAGUGUCGCCGCUGGCUGCACUCCAGCAAGGGCAGACCGCGCAGCCGGGAAUAGGUUCGCAGCCUGGCAUGGCCGGUGGUGCGGAUUCCGUCGCUACACAAGGUCGAAUUGACCCCGAACAGAUCCCAAGCAUCCCUCGAUCACGCGACGUGCCCGCUCAGUACUAUUUCAACCAUGUCUAUCCUACUAUGGACCGGCAUUUGCCUCCGCCAUCGUCAAUUCCCUUUGUCGCCCACGACCAGGGCAACUCCUCACCGAAAUACGCUCGUCUGACACUCAACAACAUUCCCUCGACCUCCGACUUCCUCUCCUCUACCGGAUUACCUCUAGGCAUGAUCUUGCAACCACUAGCACCUCUGGACGCCGGCGAACAACCCAUUCCCGUGCUGGAUUUCGGAGACGUAGGCCCCCCCAGAUGUCGACGAUGCCGAACCUACAUCAACCCCUUUAUGUCGUUCCGCGCCGGUGGUAGCAAGUUUGUCUGCAACAUGUGCACGUUCCCCAAUGAUACGUCAUCCGAAUACUUUGCGCCCCUCGAUCCAUCCGGCGCGCGCGUGGACCGUAUGCAGCGGCCAGAAUUGAUGAUGGGCACGGUGGAAUUCUUGGUGCCAAAGGAAUAUUGGAACAAGGAGCCCGUUGGUCUGCAGACCGUGUUUUUGAUCGAUGUUAGCCGGGAGUCAGUUCACCGAGGCUUCUUGAAGGGUGUUUGCGAGGGUAUCGCGGAGGCCCUGUAUGGCGAGGAUGGGGCAGCAGAUGGAACCGAGGGCGAUGAAGCCAAGGCACGCAGAAUCCCCACAGGUUCAAAGAUCGGAAUUGUCACAUUUGAUAAGGAAGUGCAGUUCUACAACCUUACUGCGACACUGGAUCAGGCCCAGAUGAUGGUAAUGACGGAUCUAGAGGAGCCUUUCGUACCAUUGGGUGAGGGUCUGUUUGUCGAUCCCUACGAAUCUAAGUCCGUUAUUACAUCGCUGCUGAACCGGAUACCUACUAUUUUUCAACAUAUUAAAAAUCCCGACCCGGCUUUGUUGCCCGCCCUUAACGCUGCUCUUGCAUCGCUACAGCAGACUGGCGGUAAAGUUGUCUGCUCAGUGGCAAGCUUGCCUACCUGGGGGCCUGGACAGCUUUCGGUGCGGGAGGAUCCCAAGUUACACGGCACCGAUGCGGAACGCAAAUUGUUCACCACAGAGAACCCGGCCUGGAAGAAGACAGCGACCAAGUUCGCCGAGGCUGGAGUCGGCGUGGAUCUCUUCAUUGCCGCUCCCGGUGGCACAUACAUGGACGUGGCGACCAUUGGGCACGUCUCUGGCCUUACUGGCAGCGAGACCUUCUUCUAUCCCAACUUCCAUGCCCCACGCGAUCUCCUGAAAAUCCGGCGGGAGAUGGCACAUGUCGUGCAACGAGAUACCGGUUACCAGGCAUUGAUGAAAGUGCGAUGCUCAAAUGGUCUCCAGGUGUCUUCGUACCACGGCAAUUUCGUGCAGAAUACUCUUGGUGCAGACCUCGAGAUCGCGAGUGUCGAUGCGGACAAGGCCAUCGGAGUCAUCUUCAGCUACGACGGAAAGCUUGAUCCCAAGCUUGAUGCUCACUUCCAGGCUGCAUUGCUCUAUACUUCGGCUGAUGGUCAACGCCGGGUCCGCUGUAUCAAUGUGGUGGCCGCUGUUAACGACGGCGCCAUGGAGACAGUGAAAUUCGUGGAUCAGGAUGCCGUCGUGUCGGUCAUCGCCAAGGAAGCUGCUUCCAAGACACUCGACAAGAACCUCAAGGAUAUUCGUGCCAACAUCUCUGAGAAGACGGUCGAUAUCUUUAGCGGAUACCGCAAGAUCUUUUCUGGCUCACACCCACCUGGCCAGCUGGUCUUGCCGGAGAACUUGAAAGAAUUCUCCAUGUACAUGCUCAGCUUGAUCAAGUCAAGAGCAUUCAAGGGUGGCAACGAGGCGUCAGACCGCCGGACUCACGACAUGCGCAUGAUACGAGCCUUCGGCUGCACGGAGCUAUCCCUCUACCUCUACCCUCGUAUUCUUCCCAUCCAUAACAUGAACCCGGAGGACGGAUUCCCCAAUGAGCACGGACAGCUCCAAGUACCACCAGCACUACGGGCUAGUUUCUCCAAGAUUGAGGAGGGCGGUGUCUAUCUCGUGGACAAUGGCCAGACCGUUCUACUGUGGCUGCAUGCGCAAGUCUCACCAAACCUUCUGGAGGACUUGUUUGGCCCCGGUCAAAACUCGCUACAGGUACUGAGUCCCAAUCUCUCGGCUCUGCCGGUGCUGGAGACACAUCUCAACGCCCAAGUGCGGAACUUGUUGCAAUACUUCUCCACCGUGCGCGGAUCUAAAGCGGUCACGAUCCAGUUGGCACGACAGGGACUUGAUGGGGCGGAGUAUGAAUUUGCCCGAUUGCUACUGGAAGACCGGAACAACGAAGCCCAAAGCUACGUGGACUGGUUGGUACACAUUCACCGGCAGAUCAAUCUCGAGCUUGCCGGUCACCGCAAGAAGGAGGAAACAACGGGUGAGAGUACAUUGGCUAGUUUGUCGGCUAUGCGGGCGCCGUAUUGGUAA